AUGACUGUCUUAUUAUCUGUUCCUUUGAGUGGUACUAAAACAAAAACAUCAGGAAAUUUGCGGUCUGAGGCGGAUGUUGAAGCAUUUGUAAAUAUCAAGAAGAGUAAUGAUAUGAUCUAUUACGCUGGUUAUGUCUACACUAUAGCUCGACGUACUGAUAUUAAAAAUAUUUUUCGAUGUGAAAAUCGUGAUUGUAAAGGGCGUUGUCAUACGAAUCUAGCCAUGGAUUCCUUUUUCUCACAACCAACAGCUCAUUCUCAUGCUACAAAUCCAAAUCGUUUUGAAAUUAAUAAAGUUAAAAGUGAAAUAAAACAUCGGGCUGCUCAUACAGAUGAAUCCUCGAGUUCAAUUUUACACGGCGUUUUACGAACCAUGCCACUGAGUGCUGUUGGUGAUCUACCCAGUGAUGAUACAUUGUUGAGAACAAUUCAACGUCAACGAGAAGCAGUUCCAUUAAGUCCUAACAGUUAUUUACCUGAUGUGUUGAAGAAAACAGAUCGCGGAGAAGAUUUUAUUCUUUAUGAAAGUAAUCAUAUGAUUAUAUUUACGUGUAAGUCAAAUUUGGAUGUAUUAAAAAAUUGUAAUCACUGCUUUGCUGACGGAACGUUUAGUGUAAGAUUGGAUGAUGCCCAGUUUUGUUAA